GUAACACUGAAUAUUGUCAUUUACUUCAUGACGCUAAUUUUACUGUGCAAAUGCAUCAUUUAAUUUCAAUACUAAAUAAAGGCGUUUUAAAUCAUGCAAAUAACAGUGGAUAUAUUUGGGAAAAUAUGUCGUGCGUGUCUUUGCGAAUCAACAAAUAUGAAAUCGUUGUUUAUGAAAAUCGAUGGCGAAGAUCGCAAUCUUUUGGAUGUUCUAACAAACAUAGCUAAUGUGAGAAUUAAAACUGAGGAUAAAUUACCCAAACUGGUUUGUAAUGAGUGUGAGACAAUCAUGUGCAAGGCUGAAGCUUUCAAACGGCGCUGUCUUGAAUCUCAGACGAUUUUGAGAAACGUAUCCGGCGAAUCGGAUUCAAACUUUGAAACCGAGGAGGACGACAAAAAAACACACAUAAAAGAUGAAAAGAAUGAUAGUAUAUUAAAAAGUUUGUUAGACCUUCCAGCAGCCCCUCUCAAUAGUGCCGUAAAUGAAGAAUUGGAUAUAAAAAUACCAAAUUUACCUGAUGUAAGUUGUAGCGACACUUAUGUUGGAAAUUUUGACAAAGCUUUGAUUUGCGAAGAUGUAUUACAAAUAGAGAAUAGUGUUAAGGAAGAAGCCCAUGACGAAUUUGAACAGAAUGAUGACACUAGUUUUACUGAUGAGCCAUCGCUUUUAACUCCCAUUAUACCCGAAUGUAAGACCAACACUGAAGAGAAUUGCAUGUACCACUUAAAAAUGAACUCAAAAAAUAAACACAAAAUAGGACAUCAUAAAAGGUAUAACGUUAAUAAAUAUGAUAAACUCUAUAAAAAACUUGCAGACACUAGCAUCAUACCAAUAAAAAACCAAAUAGCCUGUCAGAAGUGUUAUCUUCAAUUCAGUACAGUUUCAGCAUGGAAUACACAUCAGAAUGCGCACAGAGAGGAGUCUAAAAAUGUACAAUUAUUCCAAUGUGCUGUGUGUUCAUGUAAGUUUAAGCACCGCAAGACUUUAGUAAGGCAUAUGAGGAAACACAACGAGCCAAACACUAUUAAAUACCACUGUGAUAAAUGUAAAAGAGAAUUUAAGUAUAAAGCACAUUUGGAGAACCAUAUUAUAUCAGUACACUCUCAGAAUGGAUUUACAUGUGACUAUUGCAUGCAGAGUUUUAAUGACAAGGAAAGCUUGGAAAUUCAUAGAGAUAAACAUAAAACAGACAAACGGCAUCAGUGUGAAGUUUGCAAAAAGACUUUUUACAUGCUUUGUACUCUAAAAGAUCACAUGAGAACACACACGGGUGAGAAGCCAUUUUUGUGUUCUGUGUGUGGUAAAGGGUUCAGUCAGAAGACAAACUUGGCACAGCACAUGAGGAGACAUCAAGGGCUGAAGCCAUUUAAAUGUGAAACUUGUGAGAAAAGAUUUGUGUCUAAAGGCGAACUAGAAGCUCACAACCGCACACAUAGCGGCGCGCACCCAUUCGUGUGUGACGAGUGCGGCAAUGGCUUCACGACUUCUAGCUCUCUGGUCAAACACCGCCGGAUACACACGGGCGAGCGUCCAUACAUAUGCGACAUGUGUCCGAUGCGGUUCACAGCUUCAGGUACACUAAAGAACCAUCGCAGAACUCACACGGGAGAGCGGCCCUUCCAGUGCUCCUAUUGUGAGAAGGCUUUUGUGCAGCGGAACGAUCUUAUCUCCCACAUUCGCUGUCACACUGGCGAGCGUCCCUUCGUAUGUUCGCUUUGUGGGCAGAGCUUCCGCAAAGCAUCUGGCUUGAAGGCGCACGGACGCGUCCACGGGACAACGUCGGGCUUACGACAAGAUCUGCGCCAGGACAUUCGCCAGGAAAUGAGACAGGAGUUGAUGCUGAAUGUGCAUUGUGAACCGACACAUUGAACUUUACUCGCCCUCUAUUACGUGGGACCUGAUAAUAUAGUUGGCAAAAUAUAGAUAUGAUGAUACCUCUGUUUGUCUCUUAAAUGGGAAAAAGGUGGGAAGUUUAAUUGUAUGAGAUGUUUUGAUUGAGAUGACUAUUUGCUCUCUGAGAAGUUAGAUACUUAACUCCUAAGGAAAUUGUCUGGAUGACUAAUUAUUGUUAUUCCGUUACUACUUCUGGGUGUGAUUUGUAUGUUCGAGCGUUGAUUUCCGAGCAAGAGUGGUCUACGUGUUUGUAGCUCACAUUACGAAGUAUACACAUUGAACUUAAAUUGAAAACUAUAGGUACAAUUAAUACCAUAUAUUUCAUUGUGGAAAA